ACGCAUGCGCAGCGAAUAAUAACAAAGUGUUGGCCUAACUCUCAGCUUCAUCAACAAGGGGCUCGGAUGCAACAAAGACAGUCAGAGAAAAUGUGGAUAAAAUAUGUGUUCGUUCUCCUGCUGCCAGUUGCUGCAGGAAAACUGGAACUCACUGGCCCAAAGAAUUCAGCAGGAUACAUAGGAUUUAACCGAACGUUUUCCUGCAACAUUCUUGAUGACGGAAAACAGAUGAUCAACCUGCAUGAUGUCAUAGAACCCUACACAGUCGACUGGUUUUUCACUCCGCUGGGUCAGGACACGUCACAGUCCUUAAAGAUCCUGAAUCUGACAAGUGAUGGGUCGGCCAUGCCCCGCCUGUCAUGGACUUCUGAUCCCUAUAAGUACGGGACGAGGUCCGGGAUCGAGUUGGUCAUCUUCAACCUACAGGUGGGGGACAGUGUCCAUGUUGGGGACGCAGGGACAUAUUCCUGUGUCAUGGAGGGCUCGGGGUCAAUGGCUGCUGCAGAAUUGUUUGUCAUUGAUUCCAUGGGAUGCUUGAACCUGAAGAAUCCACUGAACUUUGUGAACCAGGAACAGGCCAAAUUUGAAUGUCACGUCAAAUACAGGGGCAGUGAAGCACCUGUGUUGUCAUGGCGACACGGAAAUAAACAACUUAAUCAGACAACCAUAGAGCAUAACGAUACCUAUGUGGUGUCGACGAUGUCGUUCCUGGCGACAUACGAGGACGACGGCCAUGUUUACUAUUGUCACAUUGAAUAUCAACAAAUAUUUUCAUCUUACUGCUCUACGACACCUCCACUUAAAGUUUACUCACCUGUUCACCUGCUAGCUGUCGACGUAGUACCACACUCUCACAAAAAUAAUUACAAGUCCGGAACAGACAUCAAACUUCUGUGUCACGCCAAAGGUGACCCUUCACCUAAUUUCCACUGGAUGUUUACGCCGAAGAAUAUGAGUCGACCCGCUCUCGAUGUGUCACACAUCAGUCGCUACACGAUCCGUAACGCCCAGCCUUCAAAUGCCGGAACCUAUGCUUGUACCGUCACAAAUGUCAUCAACGGAACCAAAUUCCAGAAAACGAAGCUCAUCAUGAUUGACGUAUUUAUUGUUGCGACACCUCCGUCAGUUGGCUACCGGUACUUCAUAGCUCACCAGGGUAGUGACUCGUCCUACGACCAACAGAAUGGUAAAUCAAAGAAGAAGGAGGAAAGUGGAAACCUCAAACCAGAAAUUUCCCCUUACGCUGUGGGUGCCAUGGCUACCGCUGGACUUGCUGUAAUUCUCAUCAUCGUGUUUAUCUUCCUCGCCAUGAAGUUCAAGGUGCGGGACAAGAAGUUGAAGGAGCGAUUCUCCCGAAUGCAUGACGAGCUGAUGGAUGAUCAGGAGGUUGAACUAUUAGAUGAAAACAUUCAGCCCAUGAGGGCAGAUGAGCCGACCCAGUACAGCCAGCUGAGGCAGUGUUGGGAAAUACCUAGGAAAGACAUUCGGCAGUCUGAGCUCCUGGCGCGGGGCGUGUUUGUCGAGGUGUGGAAAGGACGCAUAAAGAAAUUCCCCGAUAGGGAUGAGGUUAUCAGGGUUGCCAUCAAAAAACUUCUGCCUGAAGCAACUGAGAAAGGUCGCAAGUUUUUCCUCGCUGAAAUGGAGGUCACCAAGGUUUUGCAGGCUAACAUCAAUGUGAUUCAACUCAUUGGUUGUUAUACCCUUCAUGAGCCCUGGCUUUUAAUGUUGGAGUAUGCAUCAGAGGGUACUCUAUAUAGCUUCCUCCAGAGGUGUCAACCUGGGGCCCAGAGGGUGGAGAUCACCACGUCAUCUUCCAAGUCUUCUGCACGACUCAAAAACCACAAGGUUGACGCUCAUAAAAUGUUAGCUAUGUCAGCACAGAUUGUCAACGGACUUCAGCAUAUCUCAAAGUUCAAGUUGGUGUGCUACAGACUACGCUCAGCCAGUGUGUUGGUAGGGAAGGGGGCCGUGUGUAAACUAACCGGGUUUGGUUUCCCUCAGGACGUCACAGAACGAAACCAGUAUGAGGCUGACUCCUUACCAAUCCGCUGGAUGGCUCCAGAAUCACUAUCCCAUAAUAUGUACAGUACACAGUCAGACACGUGGUCUCUAGGCGUGGUUAUGUGGGAGAUAUUACACUUUGGAGCCACACCUUACCCAGCCUUUGGUCAGGAUGAACUGCCAGACAAAGUGAUAGACGGAUACCGCCUUCCUGCCCCGCCUCACUGUAGUGAUGAACUAUACGGGAUAAUAAGUAAGUGUUGGAGUGCCCUGCCCGAGAAUCGUCCCGACUACGACACUAUAAUGACGGAGCUGACAAACCUGGCUUUGGAGGACUCGGCCCACAUCUGCCUUGACAAACUGCCCACUUUCGCCAAGGCCCCAGAACACUACAGUGGGGACGACUCUGACAGUCUGUGAGUUCAACGUUACAGAAUGGUGAAGUACUUAACAUACAUAGGGA